GAAAAGUGACAGUUCUUAGGCAAAAUUCUAUUUUUGUGAAUGCAUGUUAACUUAAUUCCAAUUUAAUGAAGAGCAAUAGAUGAAUUCCCGCACAGUGAGUGACGCAUAACAUUUGUGCGUCGUUAUUAAUGAAACGCACAAAUGUUAUGCGUCUUUACUGAAAGACGCACAAAUAAUAUGCGUCUAUAAAAAACGACGCAUAUAGAUUAUGCGUCGAUAAACGACGCAUAACUGUUAUGCGUCGUUGCUAAAAGACGCACAAUAUAUGUGCGUCUUUCAGUAAAGACGUAUAUUAUUUGUGCGUCGUUAAAUCGGGAUUAAGAGGGCAGAAUGCUCGUAAUUGACAGACGACGCAGCGUGCAGCGAAGGAGGGGCGAUUUCAGCGACGAUUUCCGGCGAUUUGAGGCGUUUUCCGACAGAUUUCAACCAAAUACCAAACAUAUUUCGAUGGCAUCUGCAAGUUCUGAACAACAGUUAUGUUAUGGACCUGAGGAUCCAUCCGUACUGUUUCAUCAAAACGAACAUAUUUCAGCCUCAUUGUUGGCGAAUGGCACAACAAAUGUGUUGAGAGUUCGUAGGACGGAGAGUAAGGUUUGGGCACUGCCAAUACAUGAAGAUGUGAUGCAUUGGCUUGAUGUUUGGGGGUUCAGAGGUGUGAUUGAAUGUGGAAGGCCAAGAAGGAUGGACAAUGACCUAAUAACUGCAUUGAUCGAGCGAUGGAGGCCUGAGACCCACUGUUUCCACCUUCCAGUUGGUGAGGUAACCGUAACCUUACAGGAUGUGCAAAACCUGUGGGGUUUGAGAGCAGCCGGUCGUGUUUUCACUGGCUGUGACUACCCUAUUGGAUAUGAAGAUUGGCCCAGCAAGUGUAGAGAUGUGUUGGGAUGGAUACCUGACGCAGAAACAGAAACGAAGCACGGUGGGUUGUUGAUGACGUCUCUGAUCAACCAAGCGACUAUGCCGUUGGGUGAUGGGCUGCAUGAGUAUGCAUACGUCCAAAGAGCACGUAUACAUGCUCUAAUCUUGUUAGGGGGGCUUAUUUUACCGGACACUACCGGGUGCAAGGUCCCCUUUAUGUGGAUAAAUGCCUUUGACGAUCCGGAAGACGAUUUUGAAGUCGGAUUGUGA